AUGGAUUCCAGCAAUGGGGCACUUGAUAUCGUCAUCACCAAUGUGGUGUCGACUUUCACCACCCUGUGUCCCCUCAACUUACGCACCAUUGCCCUGAAUGGAUUCAACGUCAUCUAUAAGCCAGGAGCUGGACGAGUCCAGAUGAAGAUCCGUAAACCCAAUGUAACAGCCUCAAUUUGGUCCUCAGGGAAAAUCAUGUGCGCUGGAGCAACAAGUGAGGAUGAGUCGAAACGUGGUGCUCGCAGGGUAGCGCGCUCUCUGCAGAAACUAGGCUUCAACGUGAGGUUUUCAGCCUUCAGAAUCGUGAAUGUGCUGGCAGUUUGCUACAUGCCCUUUGCAAUCCACCUCAUAGACUUCACUAAGAACAACUUCCCCAAUGCCAGUUACGAACCAGAGCUCCAUCCAGCUGUCACAUACAGGAUCACAAAUUUCAGGGCUACCGUUCAAGUGUUCUGCACUGGCUGCAUCACAAUUAUAGCACCAAAUGUGGAGAAUGUGGUCAAGGGUGCAGAGGAAGUCUACCCACUGCUGUUUCAGUGUAUGACAUCCCUACGCAAAUAA